AUGAAACGCGAAGCAUUUUUACAAGUUGUGUGUAAAGAGUCAAUUGAAGACUUCUUGCGUUAUACUCAGACACCUAAAAAUACAUUUGAUCCUUUUGACUUGAAUGAACUGCUUCAAGAAUUGUCAAGAAAGCAUAAAGAAGUACUUUGGGAAAGACUGACACAGCUGUUGUCAGACAGUUUGAUGGAGAGUCCUGUGGAAACGUGGCCAGGGGUUGCAGAUGAUGACAUGGAAGUUGAAAUAGUUCCAGAAAUGAAACAAACAAUAGCUGUGAUCCAAGGAGUGACAGCUGUAGUUACUGCUUCCAUACUUGCAGUGGAUGAAACUACAGACUACAAAGCUCUUCUGGAAUGUGUUUUUAUUUUAAAUGGUAUUCUUCUUGCAUUACCUGCAUCCCAGAAAAUCUUACAUAAAGCUAUCCAACGUGUAUGUGAGAUGUGGUGGGAGAAAGGACUGGAAGGGAAGGAGCAGCUGGGAAGGACUCUAUGUAUCAUUCUACUGAGAAAAAGUCUGAAUACAAGUGCCACGGGUACAGAUAUAGUUCAUGUAUGGAAUCUACAUCAGACAUUACUUUGUUUUGAUUAUGAUUCAAAGGACAGUAAUGAAGUUAAGGACUUGUUGCUUCAGUGUUUUAUGAGUGUAAAAUAUGUUAAAAAAGAAGAGGGAAGAAGAUUCUUGAGCUUUUUGUUCAGCUGGAAUGUAAACUUCAUUAAAAUGAUACAUGGAACUGUUAAAAACCAAUUACAAUUCUUUCCAAGAUCCUUGAUGGAAUACAUUUCAGAAGUUUACUUCAGAGCCUGGAAGAAGGCAUCAGGAGAAUUCUUACAGGUACUUGAACAUAACUGCAUUCAGGAUUUCAUGCAUCAUGGAAUUCAUCUUCCCAGAAGUUCUUCUGUUCUUUGUAAAGUUAGAGAAAUACUGAGUUAUAUUCAUAAACAAAGUAAAGUUUGUCAAGGAGCUGAAGAAAUGCUCUAUAGAUUGUAUCAACCUAUCCUUUGGAGAGCACUGAAGGCCAGGAACUCACAAGUUCGAUCAAAUGCAGCAUUUCUGUUUGUUGAUGCUUUUCCUCUUCGUGAUCCCAGUUUUAAUAACAGAGAGAUGGAUGAUGAAAUCCAGAAACAGUUUGAAGAACUUUUUAGUCUCCUAGAAGAUCCUCAUCCUGUUGUCCGCUCUACAGGAGUACUUGGAACUACUCAGAUAACAUCCAGAUACUGGGAGAUGAUUCCUCCAGCAGUUCUUGCUGAUCUUUUAAAAAAACUAACUGAAGAGCUGGCCUGUGAUACAGCAUCUGCUGAUGUUCGAAGCUCUGUUUUUAAAUGCUUACCGAUAGUUUUGGACAACAAACUAAGUCAUCCAUUACUGGAACAGCUUCUGCCAGCAGUCAGAAACAGUCUUCAUGAUAGUUCUGAGAAAGUGCGGGUUGCUUUUGUUGAUAUGCUGCUGAAAGUAAAGGCUACCAAGGCUGCUAAGUUCUGGAACAUCUGUCCCAUGGAUCAUCUUCUGACUCGUCUUGCAGUUGAUUCACGGCCUGUGUCCCGGCGCAUAGUGAAUCUCUUACUCAACUCUUUCUUUCCCGUUAACCAACCUGAGGAUGUGUGGUGUGAGCGCUGUGUUAAUCUAAUACAGAUGAAUUCAGCAGCAGCUAGAAAGUUCUAUCAAUAUGCUCAUGAGUAUACUGCCCCCACCAAUAUAGCUAAACUAAUGCUUACUAUUCGGCGCUGCUUGAAAGCCUGCAUCCAGAAAGCAAGACAAGAAAGUCUUCAUGAUACUGACGAUGAUGAUGAUGACGAUAAAAGUGAAAAGGAGAAUAAAAGCGUGUUGGAUACUGUGUUGUCAGCAAAUGAUGUGGCCAGCAUGGCAAGUUUGUUGGAGAUUACUGUGAUUCUCUGGAGAAGUAUUCACAAAGCACUGGAUUGCAGUGAAGAUGCCAAAGAAUAUACUAUCAGAAAAUUUGCUUCUGUACUUCCUGAGUAUUUUAGAGUAUUUAAGGAUGAGCGGUGCACAGCUCCAUUGGUUAUUCUGGCAUCCUUUAUGCCCCCUGCUGCUAUUCCUACGUUCAGCUGUGGUGUGAUCUCCAGACUCAGAAAUAUCAACAGUGGAGCUGACCAAAGCAAAUACUCUAUGCUGAUAGACUGCAUGUGUCGCUGGGGUCAAGUAGGACAUGUUCUGGAACUGGCCUGUGACUGGUUGUCUGACUCGUUAACCCCAAAGAAGAGUACUAACACUUCUGAAAGACGAGUACGUAUCCAGGUCACACAGGAAUCGAAGCCAGAAUUAGCAGCCGAUUACAUUGAAUAUAUAUUGACUCACCCAGUUAAUUGUGAUUGCCUGCUCUCUGUUCCUAAAAAGAAACUGAAGAAGCUUCUGAAAAUUCUCGGUUCUUCGAAGGAGGUUCUUGUCUCAGUUCUGAAAUCCACUGAUGCAGGUUCUGGCAUCUUCAGUGAAGCAGCUAGCCUACGAGCCUUCAGCCUCUUUUGCAGGUUGAGUAUUCAUCUUCAGAACAAGUUUGCCAAAGAAGGAAAAGAUUGCCUCUCACUUCUGAAGGAGACAGGUGCUUGGAUAGAAAGUCAAGUUGUACCUUUUAUACUAGCAAGUGAUCAAAAGGAUGGUGUUUCAAAACACACUAAUGUUUCUGAAUUAAUUACUCAGGCCUACCUGACAGUAUGUAAAGAUGUCAUAAUGAUUGGCUUUGGAAAUGCCACGUUUCAAGCACGCCUUUUAGAUAUAGGUCUUUCAGUUAUACAAGCAGAGAGAGGUGGCUUUUGUGCUCCUGUGUUACUGAAUGCUCUAAAAGAAAUUGUGGAGACCUCUCUAACUCGGAAUUUUGAGACAGAUGAAGUGGCAAAUCUUCACCAUGCUGUGCAGGCUGUCUUCCAGAAAGUUUUAGAACAUGUGGCAUGCAGACUCCAGGAACAGCAGGAAAAAGGGAUUCAGUUGAUUCACUCUAUUCAAAUGCCUCUUGGAGAAUUCAUACAUGCGGUGCAGCACUGGCAAUCCUAUUGCCCAGCAGUUUGCAAAGGUGUACUCUCCAGUCUCCUGGCAGCAAUAGUAGCAGAGAUAAGUUACAUGCUGCAGAAGGCUUCCAGUGAAACAGACAUAACUAUACCAAAGACUAUUUCAGAACUUCCCCCUCUUUCAAGGAGCUUAGUGACAAUAAUUGUGAAGUCAGUUAAUGUUAUCAGGUCAUUUUUAAAUGAAUUAAUGGAAUGCGUUCUCUCUGAAGAAAUUGUAGAGAUUUUUAGGCUAACAGCUACUGUCUGCAUUAUGAUUGUAAUUAAAGGUAAGCACAGAACUUCACUUUUAAUGGAUAUUGCACCUGCCCUUCAAAGGAAACUGAUAACAUGCAAGAAUGCUGUCACAGAAGAAUCUGGCAGCACUGAAAGAGCCCUCUGUGAAUCAUCUCUGAAAAUUUUGGAUGAAAUUUUGAAUCCACGACCAUGUGGAAGCUUUUGUCAUGAAAAUUAA